UGUUCUGUCGGUCUUUUCAUUCCAAGUCUUUUUAAACAUAUGUUUGUGCCUUGAUAUCUGUUUACACUUGUUCUUUAGAGACAUGCCAUCUCCAUUGUGUGAAUUAGGGCUAUUUUUAUUCCACCCAAGUUCACGGGGAUCCGAGAUUUAUGAUGCAACACCACACAAAGACAAAUGGAUGAUCGUUGUUCAUUAAUAUUAUUCUGAUUCUCUUGGUAAAUGUAAAUAAAGUUUGACCACAUUAACUUUUAGCUUCAAUGUGAUACUUUAAGAAAGGAUGUAAAAGUUGUUUCUUCCAUCUUUGAAUCUGGGCCAAUGAUUUGAGAAGUUGUGGCCCUCUGCAAAAAUAAAAAAUGAAAAAAAAAAUGUGUAAAAACCUUACACAAUCUCACACUCUGACCCCUAAUUUCAGUAAAUUUUUUCAGGGAGAAAAAGAAAAUCUAUUUUAAGUAAUGAUUUUAACAAAAUAACUACAAUCCUUUUAAAAUUAAAGUCAUGCUGUACUUUUUAGGGUUGAAGAAAUAAGCAUGUUAGAUAAUGGAUGGAUGUUUCCUUGAGGCAUAUCAGUAAGAUGACACAAUUAUAUAUUUUUUAUAGUUAUUGGCCACUAGACUACACCAAAACAUUUGUCCUGUCACCAAGUCAUUAUGACACCUGUCAAGUCAGCCUUCUCCUCGACUGUGUAAAUCAUUAACAUCACAUUUUUGUAUCAAAAUCUGUUUUUGGGUCAUUUUUAAAGUAAUACUGAUCUUUUUGGGUAAGUACAUUUUGGCUUUUCAUUCGUUGUGAGCCUUAAACAUUAAAAUUAACAAGAGAUAAAUAUCACUGUGUGUCUAAUGACUGACAUGAGUUUCGCUUUUUGAGCUUGAAUAACUGAAAAAUAAACGUUUUUUUUUAUUCAAAGUAAACAUUUAUAUUUAAUAUUUUAUAUUUAGAACUUAGUUUCAUAGUUCUUGAGUUGCUAAUAAUUCAUUUUUCAAACUAAAAUUUGGUCUAAAACUUACAAACACAACAUUUUGGACUUUAGAACAGAAAAAUAUAUGUAGGUACCCUGAAAGCAAACAACCAUGUUACCCGUCACUUCAUUUGACUGAAUUAUAACACAAAAUUGUUUUAGAUUAAAGACGUUCAACGAAUCCUUUGCUUUUACUCAAAUGACAGUUGAGGGACAGAGAAAAGUAUCCAGCAGGUGGCGCCGUGGAGUGUAGUGGCGAAGUUACUCUAAGCAACAUUUUGUCCGAAUUAAAUCGGACAAAAAUAUUAAUUCAUAAGCUUUAUUAGAUGUGAAAAUUAGUGGUCCGCGUUGUAGUUUUUGUUAAUAAAUCAUAGCUUCAAGUGCUGCAAACAUUUUUUUUUAUACUAAUACUUUUGAUGUUCAAUUACAAUUAAUUCAACACUGUGCAGAAAACAAUGACUUAAUAUGUUAAAAAAUUCCAAUAAAAGCUAAGAAUUAAAAGCAAAAGUGUCAUAAACUACAGUUAACAGCGAUGACAUGAUUCCGAAUGAUAAAACGUAUCUAUUGCUUUAUAAGUCUGGAUUCCUUUUUUGCGCAGAUGCAGAAGUUAAACUUUACUCUCAGUAACACGGUGUAGUUGUUGUCACGACUGCGUUGUUUCAGACGGCAUCCUAUUGGCUGGCUUUGGUCAGUGCUCUGCGCUGAUUGGGUGCAGUAGAAACGUUCGGAGCCCUCAAAUUGAUGUGACAGAGCUUCAUGAGUGUUAAAGGAAGGAGUUGAUGCCAGGAGACACAUCACCGCCUGGAAUCAGCCUGGAUGUGUUGGACCGUUUAUUGCGCUCAAGUUAACUUUAAAGAAAACAAAAAAAAAAAAAAAAAAAAAAAAACACUGUGGAUUGAGACUUCAGCAACUCUAGAAAUGCUGUGUUUGGGAAACUCCACCGACUGCCUCCGGGACCAAAUGCAGUCGAUGAUGAGGUCCUUGCAGGACCUGAAGCAGAUCAGCAGACCGAGGCCGCUGAGUGAGCCGUGUGACCAGUCGUUCGCUGUGACAAGGCUCUGCAAACAGAGAGCGCAGCAGCAGGAGCGGCUCACGCGCCUCCGUGUGUCUGAUGCCAGCGAGGCCAGCACCUACGACUCCGCCUGCUGCCUGGCCAACCCGCUGGAGGAGGAGAACGAGGAGCAGCGGGAGCCCGAUCGGCUGGCGCGGGGCUCCCCAGCCAGCGAGAAGAGCGUGGAUUUGGACUCUGGUUUCUCCGAGGCUUCCUGGCAGGACGAAGGUGUGGUGCUGAGAAGGACCAGAAACGUGCGAGUCUCCUCCUCCGCCUGCGUCCGAACAAACAGAGGAACCUCCGGCCGUGCCAGGCCAAAGUCGACGUCUGACGUCUGUUUGGAGCGCUGGACUUCUUUUGAAGCGAGCGACACAGAGGACUGGACCACGUCGCUGCUGAGCCGCAGCAGGAACAGGCAGCCGCUGGUUCUGGGGGACAACAGCUUCGCCGACCUCAUAAAGAACUGGAUGGACCUGCCUGAUCUGCCAGAACCAGCCGAGAUGAAGCCCAGCUCGGGGCGACGUCUUGCGAGAGACAUUUUUGGCAACAUGCGGCGGAAGUUGGCGGGGAUGUCCAAAGGCGUGGAGCUGCGGCCGAAGCCAGCGAACUGCACACGGUUGAGAAGAGCAGCGGAGGCUCCUCAGAGGAUGUCCUGUCCUGUGGGAUUUGAGCCUCUCAAGCCUUUCUUCCACCAAUCUCACACAGGCCUGCAUCAGCUGGACACAGAUUUCUACAGGUUCUCUGCACUCAUGAAGACGGGCAGCCGGCAGCCCAUCAUAUGCAACGACAUCAUUGGAUACAUUUGAAUGUGACGGUCUCGUCCAAGCACAUUUAAAUCAGACUGUUCUCGUAAAAUGUCAUAAAUAAAAGUUUUUCAUAUAUAUAUAUAUAUAUAGAUAUAUAUUUAUUGAACAAUGUGCUCAAUAUUUAUGGGAGAAUAAAAGCAAAAAUCCUCAAGCAA